GACGCAGGCGCACUGCACCGCGCCGCCGCCAUUUUGUGCCCGAGCCUGUGGAGCGAUUAAACCGUGCGCGGAGCUGCUUCUUUGGCGGCAGCGGCGGUGGCGGUAGCCGGUGCGGGUGCGCGGAGCUGGCCGGGGACGCCGGGUGGCCGGAGCGGUGGAGCGGCGGCGGAGCGGGCGCUGCAGGGGGUGUGGCGCGGAGAAUGAUCACACAUCUGGAGCCAAAGAACAAGAUGCACUAGUGGACAGAUUGCUAACCAGGGGCUUGAGAGUUCUGUUUUCCCUCCUCAAACUGACUUUGCAGUCACGGAGAGGAAGGGGAAAUGGAAGGUGAGGCGGUUGAAGCCAUUGUGGAAGAGUCUGAAACUUUCAUUAAAGGAAAGGAAAGAAAGACUUACCAGAGACGCCGGGAAGGGGGCCAGGAAGAGGACACUUGUCACCUGCCCCAGAACCAGACUGAUGGGGGUGAGGUGGUCCAGGAUGUCAAUAGCAGUGUACAGAUGGUAAUGAUGGAACAGCUGGAUCCCACCCUUCUUCAGAUGAAGACUGAAGUAAUGGAGGGUACAGUCGCUCCAGAAGCAGAGGCUGCUGUGGACGAUACCCAGAUCAUAACCUUGCAGGUUGUAAAUAUGGAGGAACAGCCCAUAAACAUAGGAGAGCUUCAGCUUGUCCAAGUACCCGUUCCCGUGACUGUACCUGUUGCCACCACUUCGGUAGAAGAACUUCAGGGGGCUUAUGAGAAUGAAGUGUCUAAAGAGGGCCUUGCAGAAAGCGAACCCAUGAUAUGUCACACCUUACCUUUGCCCGAAGGGUUUCAAGUGGUGAAAGUAGGGGCCAAUGGAGAGGUGGAGACGCUAGAGCAAGGGGAACUUCCGCCUCAAGAAGAUCCUAGUUGGCAAAAAGACCCAGAUUAUCAGCCGCCAGCCAAAAAAACAAAGAAAACCAAAAAGAGCAAACUGCGUUACACAGAGGAGGGCAAAGAUGUGGAUGUAUCUGUCUACGAUUUUGAGGAAGAGCAGCAGGAGGGUCUGCUAUCGGAGGUUAAUGCAGAGAAAGUGGUUGGUAACAUGAAGCCUCCAAAACCAACAAAAAUUAAAAAGAAAGGUGUAAAGAAGACAUUCCAGUGUGAGCUGUGCAGUUAUACAUGUCCACGGCGUUCAAAUUUGGAUCGUCACAUGAAAAGUCACACUGAUGAGAGACCACACAAGUGCCAUCUCUGUGGCAGGGCAUUCAGAACAGUCACCCUCCUGAGGAAUCACCUUAACACACACACAGGUACUCGUCCUCACAAGUGCCCAGACUGUGACAUGGCCUUUGUGACUAGUGGAGAAUUGGUGCGGCAUCGUCGUUAUAAACACACCCAUGAGAAGCCAUUUAAGUGUUCCAUGUGCGAUUACGCCAGUGUAGAAGUCAGCAAAUUAAAACGUCACAUUCGCUCUCAUACUGGGGAGCGUCCGUUCCAGUGCAGCUUGUGCAGUUAUGCCAGCAGGGACACAUACAAGCUGAAAAGGCACAUGAGAACUCAUUCAGGGGAAAAACCUUAUGAAUGUUAUAUUUGUCAUGCUCGGUUUACCCAAAGUGGUACCAUGAAGAUGCACAUUUUACAGAAGCACACAGAAAAUGUGGCCAAAUUUCACUGUCCCCACUGUGACACUGUCAUAGCCCGAAAAAGUGAUUUGGGUGUCCACUUGCGAAAGCAGCAUUCCUACAUUGAGCAAGGCAAGAAAUGUCGAUACUGCGAUGCUGUGUUUCAUGAGCGCUAUGCCCUCAUCCAGCAUCAGAAGUCACACAAGAACGAGAAGCGCUUUAAGUGUGACCAGUGUGAUUACGCUUGCAGACAGGAGAGGCACAUGAUCAUGCACAAGCGCACCCACACUGGGGAGAAGCCUUAUGCCUGCAGCCACUGCGACAAGACCUUCCGCCAGAAACAGCUCCUCGACAUGCACUUCAAACGCUAUCAUGACCCCAACUUUGUCCCUGCGGCCUUUGUCUGUUCUAAGUGUGGGAAAACCUUUACACGCCGGAAUACCAUGGCAAGACAUGCUGACAAUUGUGCUGGUCCAGAUGGCGUAGAAGGGGAAAACGGAGGGGAAACAAAGAAGAGUAAACGUGGCAGAAAAAGAAAGAUGCGUUCCAAAAAAGAAGACUCCUCUGACAGUGGAAUCUGGUCUAGAUUUGAGCAAUGAAUCUAAUGGACAUGAAGAAGUUUUCUUAAGCAUCUUGACCAACUUCUGGUUUGACUGCCUCUGUCAGCCUAGCCUUGAGAUGUGUUGAUCAAAUCCAUGAAGAAAAUGCUGAGCCAGACCUGGAUGACAAUGAGGAUGAGGAGGAACCUGCUGUGGAAAUUGAACCCGAGCCAGAGCCUCAGCCUGUGACCCCAGCCCCACCCCCUGCCAAGAAGCGGAGAGGACGCCCUCCUGGCAGAACCAACCAGCCCAAACAGACCCAGCCAACAGCCAUCAUCCAGGUGGAAGACCAGAAUACAGGUGCAAUUGAGAACAUUAUAGUUGAAGUCAAAAAAGAGCCAGACGCAGAGCCCGUGGAGGGGGAGGAAGAGGAGGCCCAGCCAGCCGCCACAGACGCCCCCAACGGAGACCUCACGCCUGAGAUGAUCCUCAGCAUGAUGGACCGGUGAUGGCGGGGCCUUGCUCAUCGCCAGGACUGCUCUGGGCUGUGUUUAAACGGCCCGCAUCUUAAUUUUUCUCCCUUCUUUCUUCUUUUGGCUUUGGGAAAAGCAUCAUUUUACACCAUUUUACCAAACACACUGAGAACUAAAACUUCAAGGAUGAUGUUAGAAAAAUGUGAUUUUACUAGAACUUGCUGUUUGAUGUUAGCAAAUCAUGGAAUGUUCUGAGUCCCUGAGGGUUUACUGUGAAGUGCUGAGGACAGUGUUGAUGCCUAACUGGUUUUCUUAGAUGGAAACAGAGACAUUGAACCCUCUCUCUUGCUAUGGUAAACCACUCCAGAAUGGCCACCGGGUUUCCCAGAGUUCUAGGUCUUCUUCCCAGGAGAGUUUUUAAUUGUAAAUGCAGACUUGGGAAGGACUUACACUUUUAAACUGGUUUUUGCUUCUGCUUCUCCCUGGCUCCCUUUGCUCGGAGCCAGCUGCACGCCAGUAGUAUGGCAUGCCGCGGCCGGCGUCUGUCCUGAAGGCUUUGCCUCUUUCUGGGCAGAGUUUCUGGUAUGGUCAAGCUUGUAAAUAACUUUUUUUACAUUUUAAUCUUUUCCAUUAAUUAAGAGGGUGAAAAGAAGUGCAGUGUAAGAAAACCCAGCAUUUUAAUUACUUGCAAAUUAAGUUACCACAGACUCUGUCGUGUGUAAAUGUUGACAAGGAAUUGGAUCACAAUCAUGUAGCAGAAUGGCACCGAGACUGCUGCCCGCUAGUGACGGACGCCCACACGGAAGAUCGCGAUUUCCAGCCCGUGGAGCCAGCAUUUGAACCUUGUACAAUUAACUUUCAGUUAUGAUUUCCCAUCUACAUUUUCUUUGCUCUGUUUGUAGCUGAAUUUUGUGUUUUAUAAUUCCUCUGUUCAAGCAGAAGGGUGAUUAUGAGUGGGUCACAGCAGCCCUUAAAAGCUGGGCCAGAAAAUUUCACUAGGUCAGUAAUUUAAACUUUGGAUCUGCAAAACAAAAUAAUGUGAAACAAAACCAACUCAAAAGUGAUUCUUGCACAUGAACUGUCACACGUUUGAAAUGUGUUUUUUAGAGAGCCUCAGUCUUGCUGAUUUCAAACACUUUUUUCUUCUGUGUAUUGCUUUUAAAAGAGCCAUCAGUUAGCUAUCAGACUCUAGGUUGAUGCAUUUUGUACUUAGCUGUACUGUGUGAUAUUUUUCAUUAUUUUAGGACGCCAACAUGAGACCUGUAAUAAAAUAUGUAAUGGGGUUGAAAGCUGGGGAGGAGGACCUACUGCUGUACAGCUAAUAAAUCAUAACGGAUUAACAAGUGCUCCAGA